AUGUCGGGCUCCAAAGAAUUCACCAUCAGAGAGGUGUCCGAACACAAUACAAAGAAAGAUCUCUAUGUCACCAUCCACGACAAGGUCUACAACGUCUCCACCUUCGUCGAUGAGCAUCCUGGUGGCGAAGAAGUUCUCCUCGAUGUCGGCGGCCAAGAUGCUACUGAAGCCUUCGAAGAUGUAGGCCACAGCGACGAGGCUCGUGAGAUUCUUCAGGGCAUGCUCGUCGGAUCGCUGAAGAGAUUACCUGGAGAUCCAGUUGCCAAACCACAAUAUCAAUCCACUUCUUCCUCCAGCACCACUUCGUCAGGUAGCACCGGCUUCGGCAUCGGCGUGUAUGCCAUCCUCAUCCUCCUGGGCGCCAUUGGUUACAGCGCAUUCCAAUACUUGCAAGAGAAUGGUGCUGUUAAGGCAUAG